AUGUUGAACCUCUUUAGUUCUAGAGAGAACACUAAGGGCGCUUCCCCGCGAUUAUAUCACUACGUCGAACGACUCUUUAAUACUACGCGUGAUAUAUAUUAUUACCGUCGUGGUCGUAUAAAGCCUAAGACUAUUAAGGAGCUUAUGCUUUUCCUUUAUAUAUUAAGGUUUGAUCUCGAGGAGUAG